AUGUCGUCCACGGUCGGGAGCGGCAGCGGCCUUCGCCCGCUGGCCGCGGCGGCGUCGGCGCCGGCGGUGGAGGACACGAGCAGCCACUGGGCGCCGCACGGGCCGGUGCUGACGGCCUGCGUCGUGGGCAUCAACGUGCUCAUGAUCCUCCUCAUCUUAUUCUUCUGGCGGUACUUCUCCGGGAAACGAGGGCCGUCCGCGUCAACCGGCGCCGGCGACGACGACGACGACGCGUCGUCAUCCGCGUCGCUGCCCGUGGCCUCCCCGUGGGCAUGGGCGGCGUCCCGCCAUCGGCGCAGCAGAAAGGACCACGGCUUGCAGCCGGUCGACGACGUGGCGUCGGCGCUGCCCGUGUACGUGUACUCCAGCAGUGCCGGCGCCGGCGAUGAAAGCGGGAAGGCCCCCGAGUGCGCGGUGUGCAUCGUGGAGCUCCGCGACGGCGACUCGGCGCGCCUCCUCCCGCGCUGCGGGCACCGGUUCCACGCCGACUGCGUGGGCGCGUGGCUGCGGCUCGACGCCACGUGCCCGCUUUGCCGUGCCAGCGUCGUGGCCCCCAGAGCCGCCGCCGCCGAUGAGUCCAGCAGGGACGCCAAGGACGAUGGCGGCGGCGGCGGCGCGGAUUGUCCCGUGUGA